AUGGCCGCGGAGCUGGCGAUGGGCGCCGAGCUGCCCAGCAGCCCGCUGGCCAUCGAGUACGUGAACGAUUUCGACCUGAUGAAGUUCGAGGUGAAGAAGGAGCCGCCCGAGGCCGAGCGCUUUUGCCACCGACUGCCGCCCGGCUCGCUGUCCUCGACGCCGCUCAGCACGCCUUGUUCCUCCGUGCCCUCUUCGCCCAGCUUCUGCGCGCCCAGCCCCGGCACCAGCGGCGGCGCGGGGGGCGGCGGCGGCGCGGCGCAGGCCGGGGCCGCCCCGGGGCAGGCGAGUGGGGGCCCCGGAGCCGUCGGGGGCGCCUCGGGGAAGCCGGCGCUGGAGGAUCUGUACUGGAUGAGUGGCUACCAGCACCACCUUAACCCCGAGGCGCUCAACCUGACGCCCGAGGACGCGGUGGAGGCGCUCAUCGGAAGCGGCCACCACGCUGGGCACCACGGCGCGCACCACCCAGCGGCCGCUGCGGCCUACGAGGCCUUUCGGGGCCAGGGCUUCACGGGCGGCGGCGGCGCGGACGACAUGGGCGCCGGCCACCACCACGGAACCCACCACACCGCCCACCACCACCACCACCACCACGCCGCCCACCACCAUCACCACCACCACCACGGCGGCGCGGGCCACGGCGGCGGCGGCACUUCCCACCACGUGCGCUUGGAAGAGCGCUUCUCCGACGACCAGCUGGUGUCCAUGUCCGUGCGCGAGCUGAACAGGCAGCUCCGCGGCUUCAGCAAGGAGGAGGUCAUCCGGCUGAAGCAGAAGCGGCGCACGCUCAAGAACCGCGGCUACGCGCAGUCGUGCCGCUUCAAGCGGGUGCAGCAGCGGCACAUUCUGGAGAGCGAGAAGUGCCAGCUUCAGAGCCAGGUGGAGCAGCUGAAGCUGGAGGUGGGGCGCCUGGCCAAGGAGCGGGACCUGUACAAGGAGAAAUACGAGAAGCUGGCCGGCCGGGGCGGCCCCGGGGGCGCGGGCGGGGCCGGCUUUCCGCGGGAGUCCUCGCCGCCGCAGGCCGGGCCCGGCGGGGCCAAGGGCGCGCCCGACUUCUUCCUGUGA